CCGACGUCCUCAUCAUUGGCGCGGGGCCAGCUGGGGUGAUGUGUGCCAAUGCGUUGGCGAGAGCAGGCGCGAGCGUGAGGAUCGUCGACAAGAGGGCGGAACACGUCCUAGCAGGCCAGGCGGACGGUAUUCAGCCACGCACCAUCGAGGUCUUCCAGAGUUACGGCUUGGCCGAACGUUUGCUCAAAGAAGGCAACCAGAUGCACAUGGCUGCCUUCUACAACCCGAGCCCCGAUGGCGGCAUCGAGCGCACCGGACGUACGGCUGACGCUCCUGCACCGACCGCACGGUAUCCGUAUAAGGUAACCCUCCACCAGGGAGCAAUUGAACAGAUUUUCCUCGACUCGAUGGCGAAGGAAGGCCUCCGCGUGGACCGCCAGACUGUGCCAACGUCGAUAAAGCUCUCGACAGACGAGGCAGAGUUGAAGGACCCGCAAGCCUAUGCUGUCACGGUUGUGCUGCAACAUUUGGAUGGGGAACCAGGCCAAGACACAGAGAUCGUCCGGGCAAAGUAUGUGCUGGGAUCCGAUGGUGCCCAUUCCUGGGUGCGCAAAACCUUCGGAAUCACCAUGGUCGGCGAACAAACCAAUUUCGUCUGGGGCGUCGUCGACAUAAUCCCCGACACCGACUUCCCGGACAUCCGGAACCGAUGCGCGAUUCACUCGCACAACGGCUCGUGCAUGGUCGUCCCGCGGGAGGGCAACAAAGUGCGGCUGUACGUGCAGCUCACGGGCGAGACGAGCGCCGUCGACCGCGAGACGGGCCGCGUCGAUCGCUCGCGCAUCGGCCCGCAGGAGCUGAUGCAGGUUGCCAAGAAGACGUUCUACCCGUACAGGAUCGAUGCGGACAGGUUUGACUGGUGGACGAUAUAUAUCAUCGGGCAGCGCGUUGCAUCGAAGUUCUCGGCGCAGGAACGGGUGUUCAUCGCUGGAGAUGCAUGUCACACACACUCGCCGAAAGCUGGUCAGGGCAUGAAUGCGAGUAUGAACGACACACACAACUUAGCGUGGAAGCUUGCCUAUGUGUUACGCGGAUGGGCAGACUUGUCCCUGUUGAAGACAUACGAGCUUGAGCGUCGCAAGUAUGCACAAGAGCUCAUCGAUUUUGACAAGAAGUUCUCGGCUUUGUUCUCUGGCAAGCCACGAACCAAGGACAACCAGCACGGCGUCAGCCAUGAGCAGUUCCUUGAGGCCUUCAACGCAUAUGGCGGCUUCUCAUCUGGGACCAACGUGCACUAUCCGCCAUCAGCUAUCGUGAACGACGCUCACCAACAGCUUGCUUCUAAUCUGGUGAUUGGUGAGCGUAUGCUGCCGCACGCCUUCAUUUGUGCGGCAGAUGCCCGGCCCUUUGAUGUUCAAGACUUUUUGCCGGCCGACGCGCGGUUCAAGAUUCUGGUCUUCCUCGGUGACAUCAGCAACAGCCAGCAAACCGCUCGCGUGCAGAAGCUCGCUGAAGAUUUCGCCAGUCCAAAGAGCUUCUAUAGGAAGUUUGGCGGCGAAGACCCAUCAAGGGUAUUUGAUAUUGUCUCAAUAGGAUCUGGAAGCAAAGACCAAGUGAAUUACACGGACGUCCCACUUGGUUUGAGAACGCACUGGUCCAAGAUCCUCUUGGAUGAUACCGACAUGUUCGCCCGCAACGGCGGUGGCGGCUACGACAAAUAUGGCAUCGAUUCCCUCAGUGGUGUCAUCGUCGUCGUUCGUCCAGACGGAUACGUUGGGAUGGUGGCUCCGUUUGAAGGCUUGACGACCAUUGAAGCGUAUUUUGCUGGAUUUAUAAAGGCACAAUGAAUAGUUUUGGGAUUUUCGA